UAAAAGGGGAAACUGACUGUUGUGAUCUCACUCUCCUGCUAACACUUUGAGAAUCAGUGGGAGUCUCAUCUAGCUCCAACAAACCCUUCUCUAUAAGGCCAGGACAAAGAAUCUCCUUGCCCAGUCCUUCUGAGUCAGCCCUAGAACAGACAAUGAGAUUUCUGCUACUCUGGGGGUGGAUCAUCAUUCCAGGUUAUGGAGCCAUGGUGGGUCCGAAGGAAGUCAGUGGGCCAGAGGGAAGCUCUCUGUCUGUGCAGUGCUCCUAUGAGGAUAAGCAUCGGGAAAGGAAAAAAUACUGGUGCAAAAACAAUGGAUUAAUUUUUAGUCCCUGUGCCACUGUCAUCAUCACAGAGGCAGGGAAAGAAGAGACAAAUGGCGAAGUGUCCAUCAAGGACAAUCCCCAAAAUGGAACAUUCACUGUGAUCAUGAGGAAAGUCACCCAGAAGGACGCAGGGAAAUAUCAGUGCGGGAUUUCCAUUUUUGGAUUUGAUGAGAUUUUUGAGGUGACAGUGGUUGUUUUUUCAGGGCUCGAGAGUUCUGACUCCCUAAACCCCUCUCUUCAGCCUCCCUCUACAAGGAGUGAUCAGCAGGGGGUAAAGGUUUGGGAAACUCGGUCUCCAGAGCUGAGACUUGGGAGUUACAUAUCCCCCAAACCUUCCCUUCAGCCUCUCUUUACAAGAAGGGUCCAGCAGGGAGUAAAAGUUCAGUCAAGAGUGAUCACCCCCACCCAGGAAAAGAUAAAGCCAGCAACAUUCACAAAUGUGGGGACCAGGGCUGCAGUCCUUCGAAGGGGCCAAGAGAUUCUUCAGACAAAAACCCAAGAAGAUGUGGUCCAGACGGUCACUUCCCACUAUAGCCCCAGGGAUACGAAUCCAAGGUCCAGGAUUUCCAUCCCAUUGAUCCGUUUCUGGCUCCAUGCAUCAUCCUCCUGUUGCUAUUGGUGGUGGCUAUCGCAACCCUCCUGAUCCUAUUAGCAAGAAGAAAAAAAGCUCAACUUGUAGUGGAAUCAGGAAAGAAUGGACAGUUUCACUACUCAAAUUCAGUAAAGGAAUCACAAGAUUGAUGCCCAAUCC